GCACUUUGCUUCCCGCGCGUGCGGGCGGAUGAUGAACAGCGACAGAUGAUAACUCGGAGAUCAAGACCCUCGCUGAGCGAGCGCCACAAUCCGGAGCCACAACCAAAUUUGCCUUCCAGCUUCAGAAUCCACGCAGCCACAUUUCCUUGUACUUCUUUCUGUUUUUUUUUUUUUUUUUAAAUCUAAAAGGAUUUAUUGACUCCGUCUGGGUGCGACGCUUGAAGGGGCGACGUUGACAUUUCCGAGGCUCCUCAGGCGCAACUUUUACGCACGGCGCAGUCGGCCACGGGGCGCCCCGCGGAUCUCGUCGCCGUCACGAUCCCGACAGGUGCGACGGCGUCGAGGCGCGGAUGAGCGCGCGCGCGCCACCGCCGACGUUCACCGAAGCGCGCGCCAGCGAGCGAGCCUCGGACGUUGUCUCUGGAGCAAACGAGGAGCCGCGCCGGUGCCGAAAUGAGCGUCAACCGCCUCACGUGGAGGAUUUUACACCUGAUAUUGGCCGCUUUGACAACAGUCGUCCCUCAAGACUUCAGCACUGAGGAGCUGACUGACACCAAGAGCGCAGUGCCUUUCACCGUCUUCUUGCCCGUCAGCUACGAGGUUCGGGAUGCGGACUACCUUUUCUUAAAGGAAGCAGGGCAGGACUUUAUGAGGAAUUUCAGCACGCAGAGCAGCACGCAGCCCUUGGUUAUUUUGCGAGCGUGCCGCCAGCCGGCCGUCAACGCGAGCUACGGCGUCGUGUCCGCCGAGCGGCUCGUGCCUCUGGAUCUGGUCCGGUCCGUGCAGCUCUUCAAUGCCCCGGAUGCCUUCACCUUCAACUGGAAGAUUCAGGCCUUUGUGCUGACGCCUCGAGUCUUCUCCAACAAGCCCAAAGUGCGGGUGCUCUUCUACGUGGCGGGGAGGGACUGGACCAGGGCGGAAGGAGCCGAGGAUGAGCUACCGUGUGUGACGGUCUACGCCUUCUGGCAGACGCAGGAGGUGAGGUGUUCCUGUGCCGUGGCAGGCGAGAGGGGAACCUGCCUGGCCGACCUGCGACCUUUGCCCGGCUGGUUCGGUCAGGGCUCUGAGCGCACAAGCGGCGAGAAACGGGACCCGGCCGCCGGUAACCUCGUAGAGCUCUACUACCAAGCGCAGCCCAGAGUCGGCGGCAACUGCAACACCCCGGAAGGCAGUCGUUGGGGAAGCUCACAACAACGGCAGGCGGAAUACGUUCCCGUCACGCCCAUGCGGAGGAUCGGCAGCGUGCGUCUCCUGCAGGUGCCCAAAGGGAUGGCCACCCUGUCGCGACUCAAGCUCGGCAAUUCCAUCGUCGUACGGACGUCCUCCAAACCGCUGAAGAAGACCGACGUCGCCACCUUCUACAUCCUCAUGGCCAGCUCUGCUCAGCUGACUAACUUCACUCUUAGAGCGACAAUAAAGAAUGGCGUGACCUUUCGUGCGGCAACAACAAGUAACGCUUUACUGUGGGACAUCACACCGGACACGGGUGCGGAUGGAGCCAUCUCGGUGUUUUGUCAGAGGAAGGCUGCCAUAGCGGGAAAAAGGCUUGAAGGCAAUCUGCUGGAGGUGCUUCAAAUGGAUUUUGAGGUGGAUGAGCUGAGCAGUCCCGUCGACAGUCAGGUCAUCGUAUGGAAGUUGGAGGUCCAAUCCAAAAAUGUGGCCAAGACGGAAGGAGCUAUGAGGAUCUACACCACUCAGAGAGACUUUGUUGGCCUGGCCCCUCUUAUAACGGACCCUGACGUCCUGAACACCGCAGUCCUGACCGGCAAGAAGGUGGCGGUGCCUGUAAGAACGGUCGCUGUGGAAGAGGACGGCCGGCUCACCGAUGUUUCGGAAUAUACGGAAUGCAGCUCUACUGAUGAAGAUGCUCUCAAGGUCUCGGACAGGUGUGACUAUGUUUUUGUCAAUGGCAAGGAGACAAAAGGCAAAGUCAAGAUGGUGGUGAACUUCACCUACAGCUACCUCAGUGCUCAACUUGAGCUGAAUGUGUGGAUGCCGCGACUCCCCCUCCAGAUCGAGGUGUCGGACUCAGAGCUGAGCCAAAUCAAAAGCUGGAGGAUCCCUAUACUAACUUCCAAGAGAUCCGGCUGGAACAGUGAAGUGGAUGAAAAGAAGGCAAAGGGCUGCACGUUGCAGUUUCAGCACGCUCUGGUGCGUGUGCUAACCCACUUUGUGGCCGAGCAGGCGGACCCUCGGGACCCUAAAGCCUAUUUCCUGGGCUCUGACUGGCAGGUGGAUGUAACAAGACUGGUUAGAUAUUUUAUGAAGGUGGAAGAUCCCCGUGUGGCGAGGCUGCAGGCGGGGAGGGUGCUAUCAGGCCGCGACAUUGGGACCACUGCCAUCCAGGUGUUUUCUCCACUUUCUGACACAAUCUUGGCAAAAACAACGGUGCAGGUCACAGAUGAAAAAGUGACCAUUACUGAACUGGGGGUCCAGAUGGUUGCGGGUCUCUCAAUGACCCUACAGCUCAGCCCAGGAAGCAACAGGGCCAUUCUGGCAACCACAACGACACAGGAAGUUCUGCGCUUGCCCAAACAGGAAGCCACGGUCAGUGCACGGUUGCAGUUCAGUGAUGGCAGCCAGACACCUCUUGACAUUUAUGAUCCCGCCUUUUACCGUGUGACGGUGUCAUCCCUGGAUCAGGGCGUGGUGUCAGUGCGGGGCACCCCUCCAGCUGUGGUGGCAGAGGGAGAGGGCGAAGGGCUUCUGGUCCGGGUGGAAAUGUCCAUCUGCGAGGCCUGCCAGAAGUCCAAACGUAAAAGCACUGUCGCCGUGGGCAACGGCAGUCUUAAGGUCAAGUUUCAGGUGAAAAGUCGGCGACCGGACGGCAACGGCCGAGCUUCCGACGGCAGCGCCGUCAGCAAAGCCACCGAAAAUAAGAACAGCGGCGGGGACUUCAGAAAUGAUGGGGAAGAGAUGGAGAGAGACAGGAAGCAAAGGAAGCCCUCACAGGUUCCUUCAUCGCGCAUCACAACAUCGGAGAGAGACGCCAGCACCUUGGCGAAGACCACUAUCAAAUCUACUGAAUGGACGUUCGGGACCAGCGGCAGCCUCGGGGGCGUGGGGAAACCGAGCACUUUGGGAAGCAGUCCCACCAGCACGAUCGGCGUCAGCAUGAAGAGCAGCCCCGGUGACGCCGGUAAAGCAUUGGACGUGGACAGUGUUCACUACGCAAGUACUGCGAAGGCUCCCGGUAACCUGGUCAACUUCAAUAAUUUUCCCACUAAAAUUGUUGUGCCCGGACAAGAGUCUGUGGAGGUCGAGAUCAGCGGUGAGGAAGAUAUGUUGACGAACAGACCCCUUUCCGACUUAGAGAUUGGCAUGUAUGCUCUUUUGGGGGUCUUUUGCUUGGCCAUCAUGGUAUUUCUCGUAAAUUGUAUAUCCUAUGUUGUUAAGUUCAGACAUAAGAAGUCUCAGUCGCACGGCCAGGAGCCCACAGGUCACAGGCAUGACUGGGUGUGGCUCGGUACGGACGCUGAACUAGUGAUGACCGUCCCGGGAAGUCCUGUUCAACAAGACUCGCAGACUAUGACCACUGUGAUAGACAUUGGGCCUGAUAAAACUACUUCGCUGUCCAGAAGGCCCAGUUGCUUGGCAUCAGUCACAGACUCUCCUGUUAGCUGUGCGGGUUCAUUCAGGAGCAAACCGAUGCCCACAGAGUCCCUGCACUCGCCGACCAGCAAGAGGAAGCGAGUCCGCUUCACCACCUUCUCCACACUGGAGCGUCAGCAUUCGCCGCAUCUCCCGCUAAGGCAGAAUGGACACGGCAUCCACUGGGUCGGGAAGGAAGACACUUGUGAGGAGGGACCCCGACUGCCCGUUGCACAAUCUCGGGACGGCUCGUAAUAGGGAGUCUGAUCAGAUCUCACGUUGCAGAAAAUGUGGCUUUGAUCGCCUCAAUGCCUUUGUUGACUCAGUGUCACAAAAAUGGGAGGGGGAAAAAAAACACACAACCUUUUCAUUACCUGUCAAGGCCUUUUAGAUGCAUUCUAUAAUACUGUUAACACUGAAGAAAUGAGCCCGAUGUCCUACUUUACACAAAGAUAAAGCCACCAAAUGCUAUGCUGCAUGUGGAUAUCCAAUUCUUCAAAUGUUUGCACUUCCUGAUGACCAACCUACAGGACUUACAGGAAUUGAAGAGCUUUUGAAAUGAAAUGUUAUCAUACAGAAACCAACAUGGGUUUUAAAUCCAUAUGAUAAUCACAAGUAGCGCUUUUCUUUUAAACAGUAGCCAGUUUUUUUUCUUUCUAAUUUGAUAUUUUAUUUUAGCACACUAUAAAUUUGAAAUGUAUGAGGACUUUUUUUUUUUUUCUAACAUGAUUCUUACCUAAAGUAACCAUUGUUUUUUUUUUUGUUUUUUUUUAGUACUGGGCCUUUUAAACAAAACAAUAUUAAAAUGUUCAAGUGUGCAUGAUGGAGGUCAUAUUAUGUGCUAUGAAGUCUGUUAUGUUCAAAUGUGUUCCUAAUGUGCAAAUGUUGCCAUGUAUUUAAUCCAGGACACGAAUAGAUGAGGAGAAAAAAAAAAAUACAACCCAAUGCAGGUCAAUAACGCUGUAAACGUUUAUGUCAAAAGUAAAAAUGUAGAUACAUUAAUACCUCUACAGGUCAAUCAAAAAUGACUUCUAACCCUUGCUAGGAACGCAUUUAUGGCAGUUUUAAUUAAGAUUUGUCGUGAAAGGCAGCUGCUUAUAAUAUGUCUAGGUAUGAUUGGAAUGUAUAUACAUUUUUUUUACCUGCAAUGAAUAGUAUGUAGCCUACUGUAUGUCUAAGCAGAUGUUGCCCGUGUGCUUGGUGGAAAGGAAAAAGCAAAAAGUGGUUGUGCACAGAGUGGACAUAAAAAGUCAACGAGUGCUUUCAAUUCAAAUAAAGGCACGGAGAACGCAGUGCA